UCAGUAGGUGGCGCGCUGUAAAGUAAGGCUACUGGCGACGGUUAGUUUCAACUCCGCAAGCGCUCCACUAGGUGGUGCUAUGGUUGCAUGCGAGGUGAAUGGCGCACCUGUGACGUCACUCGUCGCUUUGGAAGCGUGGAGCGCGGGAGGUGCUGACAGCCCAGCCUGAAAAUCGGUCGUACCGGAGGGUGAGAACCGGGGACUAAGGAGGGAGGAGGACCGGGGACUGAGGAAAGAGAGAAAGUGACCAAAAUGAGCUUGUUCAGUUCCACCGGGGGUUUUGGCACUGCAGGGACCGGAAUGUUUGGAGCUUCCACCACGGAUAACCACAACCCAAUGAAGGACAUAGAGGUCACCUCCCCCCCUGAUGACAGCAUUGCCUGCCUCUCCUUCAGCCCCCCGACAUUGCCAGGGAACUUUCUUAUUGCAGGGUCUUGGGCCAAUGAUGUUCGUUGCUGGGAAGUGCAGGACAAUGGUCAGACCAUCCCUAAGGCUCAGCAGAUGCAUACAGGACCAGUGCUGGAUGUGUGCUGGAGUGAUGAUGGCAGUAAAGUGUUUACAGCGUCUUGCGAUAAAACAGCUAAAAUGUGGGAUCUGAACAGUAACCAGUCCUUACAAAUCGCGCAGCACGAUGCUCCGAUAAAGACUGUGCACUGGAUAAAGGCUCCAAACUACAGCUGCAUCAUGACGGGAAGCUGGGACAAAACCCUCAAGUUCUGGGACACACGUUCUCCGAACCCUCUGAUGACACUCCAGCUUCCUGAGCGAUGUUACUGUGCAGAUGUGGUCUAUCCAAUGGCCGUUGUAGCCACUGCAGAAAGAGGGUUAAUAGUUUACCAGCUGGAAAACCAGCCAUCUGAGUUCCGGAGGAUCGACUCUCCCUUAAAACACCAGCACCGAUGUGUUGCCAUAUUCAAAGAUAAACAGAACAAGCCAACUGGCUUUGCCUUAGGCAGUAUUGAAGGUAGAGUCGCCAUCCAUUACAUCAACCCCCCAAAUCCAGCCAAAGACAACUUUACAUUCAAAUGUCAUCGAUCCAAUGGGACAAACACUGCAGCUCCUCAGGACAUCUAUGCGGUAAAUGGCAUUGCCUUUCAUCCGGUACAUGGCACUCUGGCCACAGUUGGCUCUGACGGACGCUUCAGCUUUUGGGACAAAGACGCACGGACAAAACUGAAGACUUCAGAGCAGCUAGAUCAGCCCAUCUCUGCCUGCUGCUUCAACCACAACGGGAACAUCUUUGCCUAUUCCUCCAGCUAUGACUGGUCCAAGGGACAUGAAUUCUACAACCCACAGAAGAAGAAUUAUAUCUUCCUGCGGAACGCUGCAGAGGAACUAAAACCCCGGAAUAAAAAAUAGUGGAUCUUACUGACGGCUCUUCUGUAUUUACAUUCUCUGCACUUGUUGGGUUUCAUCUAUCAAGCUCUACAAUAUUCCUUCUCACAUUUACAAUAUCUCCAGAAUGCUGACAUACUAUGUUAUGUCUUGGUGCGGAUACCUUUCCUGGUUACAGUUCCGUGCAACCUCCAUGUCGUCCCCUUUCCUCCCCGGCAAUGUGUGUGUGACUUUCCUUUUAUGGAUGGCGAGGCCUCAGCAUGCGGACAGCUAAAAACUGCCUUAAAUCCUCUCUGUAAAAUGGAAAGCAACUGAGUUCUGGUUUUUAUUUUGUAUCUGAAUAAAGCUUUUUUUUUAUAAUUUUUUUUUUUUGGUAAGCGAUUGUCCCGUGGCAUGACCCAGCAUCCCCUUUGUUAACAUAGUCUCUGGAUACUAAGUUGCCAUAUUGUGAUACUGGGUUGCUCGUAGCAAUGGCUGCACUGGACUGAAGUUGUUUAAAUAAGAUUUUGAAUUUAAUAAGUUGUGAAAAUGUUGUCAUUUUAAUGUCUGUUCUUCUCAUUUUUACAUGCACAGGAUUCCUCACUCCGCCAAUAUCACCACCACUGGGGUGGACAUUGCAGACACACGA